AUGUCCAGUCUCGGUCCGGACUUCGCCCGCAGUUUUGCGCGGGAGACAUGGGCUCUCUAUGCAGUUGGGAUGCUGGGCGUGUGUUUGCGAUUCACCGCUCGUAUCCGUCGAUUAGGCAUUCGCAACCUCCAAGCCGACGACUAUGUCAUGCUGUUCGCUGUCUUGUGGUAUACCAUCCUCUGCGUGGCUCUGAAUAAGGUGGUCUCCGGCGGCGGAUCGAAUCUGAUGACGGACGAAGAUGUGAGGAACUUGACGCCGGAGAUCUACAACGAACGAGUUGAAGGAAGCAAAUGGGUGUUUGUGAGCGAACAUUCAUUUGUAGGGGCCAUCUGGUCACUGAAGACCUGCAUGCUCGUGAUUUACGCUCGUAUUACUGAGGGACUGCACCAGAGACGCUGGAUCAACUGGCUAGCCAUCUAUGUUGGCCUUGGAUUUAUCGCGACUGAAUUGACGUUGUUUCUCAUCUGCCGGCCUUUGUCGAAUUACUGGGCCGUGCCUACGCCAAACUAUCAAUGCUCGUCGUACCAAUACUACGAAAUCAUCCAAGGCUGCAUCCACAUCUCCGCCGACAUCUUCAUGCUCAUCAUCGCCAUUCCUCUCCUACUGAAAGUCCGCGUCCCUGUGAGACAAAAACUCAUUCUCCUCAUCAUCUUCGGCAUGGGCGCCUUCGUCAUCGUCGCCGCCAUCCUCACGAAAGUCUACUGUCUCGUCCCCAGCCUCAUCUCCUACGUCUACAUGAACUGGUAUUUCCGCGAAGCCACCGUCGCCGUCCUAGUCACCAACAUCCCCCUUGUCUGGUCCCUCCUCCGCGAUGUCUUCCCCUCCCUCAAGAGCUGGACCGGUGGAUCCCGCGGCCGCACAGAAAACCGCUACCGCUCUGGUCGGUGGACGUUCAGCAAGGGCUCUGCGAUUCGAUCCACUUAUGGACCACCAAGUCGGGGUGGUGUCAGUAUGCACAGUAUGCACGACUACCGACGGAGUAUGCCAUUCACGCCGCCGCAAAAGGUCAUCUCGGAGAUCAGUGAGAGCCCGGAGCCGAGUGAGGGCCGGGAAUACAGUGAGGACGGUUCGACGCGGGGACUGCACAUUCGGCAGGACGUUACGGUGACUGUGGAACGUGGUUCGCAUCCACCGGCGCUGGAUCAGUGGGAAGCGAACCGGACUCGAGCUGAAAGUCAGGUCUAA